AUGCGGCUCGCUGUGAUCCUUCUCGCGUUAGCCGCCGCAUCGCACGCGGCUUCAUGCGGCUCGUCGGGUAUCCCGUUCCGUUUCGAAGUGUUGCCAUCGGGUAAGCCGGUGCUCGGUUGCGCGUCGCCGACAUGCUUUGGCGCGGAAAACGCCGGACGCGAUCUUCGACAUGAUUCGAGUUUCCUCGCCGGCGCUGAAGGCGACGACGGCUUCUUCAGAGAAGGCGAUCUUUCAAGAGUUCGCGUCCGCAAUAUGGAUGCGCCAGCUCAACAAGCAUCGUGCCCCGGCGAAUUCGAAUCAAACAGCUGCAUUAAUCCAAUGACGUGGGUCGGAGGAUUCAUGGCCGACGAGGAUGGAAACUUGAAACUUCAAUGCUGCCAUUACGGAGGCUUGAAAUUCGCGCAAGAAGUCGGCCGACCUGUUGUUCAUCCGGGAGAAGUCUAUUCCGGAGGAGAGGUGCUUCGCGAUGGAAGACAAACCGGAUUCGACGCUAUUUCGAAUGUCAAGAAAAUUGUCGCCAGAGAUGGAACGGUUGCGUAUGAGCUUACGGUGACUCGUAUGAACUGCCUCCCAGACCCAGUUGAAACGGAAAAUGAAGUAUCGUUUGACAUUCAACGAGACAUCGGACGAAUUUUGGAAAAGGUUGGCGACACUUCCUCGGCAGGCGGUGUACAGACGAAUGAGGUUGGCGACCAGCGACUGUCUCCAAGUUCGUAUGUCGACGGCCAACAACAAUUGCAACCGCAAUCGGAUUCGUAUGCCCAACCGCAGGCGCCGCAAGAGCCCCAACAGGAAACUGAGCAGUUUGUGCAAGUCGGCGAGCAAGUGGUGCCAGUGACUAGUGCUGGAUAUUACUAUCCAGUGGCGUCUGGUGUUCCAGCUUGCUUCACUGCCAAUUCAACAGUGCUCACUCUCGAUGGAUACAAGAGAAUGGAGGAUGUUCGUGUUGGCGAUAAAGUGCUGACCAGCGAAAACCGCAAGCUCGUCUUCACCCGCGUCGCUUCAUGGAUCCACAGACUUCCCGACGCAAAAGCCGCGUUCAUUCGAAUCCGAACCGAAUCUGCGAAUGAGAUCAACCUCACACCUCAGCACUUCAUUUACAAGACUGAUUGUACAUCGAGAAAAAUGGACAUGGUGUACGCGGAAGAUGUCAACAUCGGAGACUGCCUCAUGAUUUAUUCUGAAGACACUAUGACUCCAUCAAAAGUGGUCUCGACGUCUACAUUCUAUUCAAACGGUGUCUACGCGCCAAUGACGGAUUCUGGAGAUUUGAUUGUUGAUAAUAUCUACGCGUCUUGCCAUAAUGUUAUCAAGACAUCAACCCUCUCCCACACGUUUUUGUCGUUGGUUACCGGCCUCCAGCAAAAGGUUCUCGGCUUGUUGGGAAUGGUCGACAAUUCCGGACACCUGCCAGCUACCGCCGAAUUCUUCCUCAGCGUUGUUGAUGUUUUGCUACCUCACAAGUAUUAA